AACACAACAACAACACAACAACUCAGGAUUCACGUGUGUUUGCGUAGCUUUUUUGCAUAAAACUUGUAAAAUCGUAACAUCAAUAAUGGCGAAAACAAAGGCUGCAAGGCAACGAAAAAAAUAUAAAUACUCAGCUAAUCGAAGAAAGAUGUGGAAAAAACAGAAGAGGCUUCCAAAUAUUGAAUGUGACCCCAUUAAAACUGCCUGGGAUAACAAGAAAUCAGUGAAGGAGAACUUGAGAGCCAUGGGACUAUCAUCGGAUCCUAAUAAGACACUUCCCAUUCCAACAACAAAGGAGAGACUUGCCCCUGUUAGCCUUGAUGACUCUAUGGAUUUUGAUGAUAAACUAGCCCGUCCUAAAGGCAAGCAACAAGUUAUUAAAGAACUUGAAGCUAUGGCUGAUAUGCCUACCAAGAAGAGGGAGAAGAUCUCUGAGCCGAUGAUGAUGUACUGCGCCCACAUGAUGGACAAGUAUGGCACUGACUUUAAGGCAAUGGCCCGGGACAUCAAGAACUACUACCAGGACACACCGAAGCAGAUCAAGAAGAAGAUUGCACUGUUCAAGACCUGCAAAGUGCAGUAUCAAGAGUACCUAGCCCAGAAGGCAGGAGAGGAUGGACAACCAGACACAGAGGAUGUCACUAUGAGCUGACAUGGAAGGAUCAUAACAUAAAGAAGUGACUGAUUCCUCAUAGAAAUGAGGGUUUAUAUCGACAGUAGUUGUCUUUGGACUCAAGACCUCUACCAACCAAUGACAGUUAUUAUAGUACAGGGUCUGAACCACUUUGGAUGGUAGACUACAAAACUGUACUAGCCCUUGUACCGUUUUUUUUUGGACCCGACCAUCAUGUAGCUGAUUUACUGGUAGGCAUGGCUCAACUCAUCAUAAGUAUUCAUGAGUGUCAAUAUAUGAUCUGUGGUUGCAAGACUAGACGGCGAAGAAAGUAUUUUAUGUGUAUUGUAGCGAAAGUUUUCUUGAGAAAGACCUUGGGAAAACAUUUUUUAGAUAAUUAUUCCUUCUACAAAGCUUCAUUAUUUAUGCUUUUUGAACUACAAUUUAUCUACAGUAAUUUGUCCCAGUAUAACUAGAAUUUCCCUUGAUAAAAAAUAACUUUUGAAUAGAAAGACCUUGUACACAAGUUGUAAGUUACAUGCAGUGAAAAACAUUUAUUGCUUAAAAUAAAAUAACAUAACAUGUUCAGUGCUAUAUUGUGAUAUGCAGCAAGUGAACCAUGACAUUCAAAGUGUACAUUAUGCAGAGAUGUGAAUCAAUCUAAUCUAAACAUGAUAUAUAGAAAUACAUACAGUUUUAGAAAGGAACACCCCAACCUUGAAAAUUAGUGAAUUAGUGGAUUAAUGGAUUUCCACUUUAUUCUCUCUGUAACCCUUGUGCAAAAUGUUACUUAGGGCUGUGCGUAUGAAGGUGCAUUUUAGACAAUAACAUGUUUUGCAUACAUGUCUUCAAAAGAAAUAAAUACAGAGAACAAAAGAGAA